GUGCGUGAGCGCGCAAGGCAGGCGCGCGUCGGUGUGAGCGCGUUUCUUUUUUUUUUUAUUUCUUGCUUUUGCUGCUUCUCGUUCUACGCGUACCUGCCUGCAUACCGAUGCUCCGGAGCGCGGCGUCGCCCGUCGCGAAAAUGCAGCAGCAGCCGAUGCCGCUGCGUAAUUGCUAAAAGUUUUUCUUGUGUCCGCCGGAGGCUCAGCGCAGCGACAACUUUGGUCGUCGAUUCGCCGUCCAACUGUUCCUGUGAGAAACGCGGCUUCGCUACGCCUCGCAUCGGCCCGACCUCGUCGAGCGAGAACGGAUUGCGCCUGUCCGACAUCGCAACGGGCUCUGCGUUCGGCGCGGGCCAGUUUCCGUGUGUGCGUGCUCUGCUGUGGGGUGUUUUUCUCCCUCGACUCCCUCUGACCGCGCCGCAGUUUGUCAUCGCUGACAUCACCUGGUCAAGAAGUUAAACGUUUUCACCGGCCAGCAAAAAGGAGUACCACGCCGAUCGGGCCCGUUCUUGUACGCCGAAACGUCGCUUUCGUCCACCGAUGCACCUGUCCGGCGGCGAGCCGACAUUGUGUGCUAUCAUCGCCCGAAGACUUCCCGGCCUAGGCUGGCUCUAGGCAAGCGACGCACCACAGAUGCCAAUUGAAUGGCAGCCAUGCCAGGGGUGAUGAAAGUGGACAGUUGGGAGGACAGGCAUUCUGUGAGCAGUGAUUACGACCCCUAUUUGGUACACAAGGACCGAGCAGACCUAGACAUGAGGAGCUCAAGGUCGGCUUACUCCAAUGGCUACAGCUCCGCAGACCAGCACAGUGACUUUGGAGCUGAGGAGGCACCUUCGUACCUCCUUGAACACCUGGCCACCUUCUCUGUUGGACAGCAGUAUGCGCUGGAGACCCCCAAGGAUGGGUUGCGGAAGUUGUUUCAAAUGGAGAAGUCCAAGGGCAUCUGGACGCAGAAGAUGAAGCUGAAGCUGGAUCGCAAGUGGGUUAUUAUCAUCGACUGCGAGAAUGGAGAUGUGGUGGAGCGCUUUCCCAUGAGCCUAAUCAGCGACCCGACAGCAUUCACGUCAGAUGACCCUCGAGAGCUGUACAAUAACAUCCUGGUCUUUGUGGUCCAGGAUGACCCGACCUCAUCCAGCCAGCAGGAGCAUGCUGAGAUGCACAUCUUCCAGUGUGUCCGCAUCUCAGCUAAGGAAGUCGUAGACGACAUCAAGGCAUUCAUGAUGGGAAAGAGCCGAGGAAGGCACAGCAGUCAUGACCGAGGCUCAGGCCUGCCCCCACCGCCAAAUGUGGCAGCCCCCGAGCCCCCCGUCAAUGGCGGAAUCAACGUGCGCGAACAAGUGAGCAUUUUCAAUGCCGCUGCCGUGUCACAGGGGUCUCCACCACCGCCUUCACACGGCCCCAUGCACCGCGGGGGACCGCCACCUCACGACAAGAUAGAGGCACAUCAUGCACGAGGGGGUGGCUACGCCCGUGAAUCGAAUGACGAGACCAGCUCGACAACAAGUGAGAAGUACGAGCGUGACGUGGCCAUCCUGAACCACUGCUUUGACGACAUCGAACGAUUCAUAGCGCGACUCCAACAUGCUGCCGCAGCCUACCGGGAACUGGAACGUCGCCGCAAGUCACGCAAGAACAAAAAGAAGGAUCUUGGAGAUGGAAUGUUGAGCAUGCGUGCCAAGCCACCACCAGAUCGAGAAUUUGUUGACAUCCUGCAGAAGUUCAAACUGUCCUUCAACCUUUUGGCCAAGCUCAAGAACCACAUCCAUGAGCCAAACUCUCCUGAACUGGUCCACUUCCUGUUCACUCCGCUAGCGGUGAUCGUGGAUGCAGCGCGAGAUUGUGGCCGUCCUGGCACGGGUGCCAGCCUGGCGGCACGUGUCGUUAGUCCCCUGCUCACACGUGAUGCACUUGAACUGCUGGCCAACUGCUGCACGUCCAAGGAGAGUGACCUCUGGCACAGCCUGGGUGAUGCGUGGGUGGUCCCACGGGACAUGUGGAAAGGCUAUGAGUCGGAGAGCUACCAGCCUGUCUUCUCGGAUGGAUGGGCGCCUGACUGCAGCGGAUCUGACGACCAAGCUCCACCACCCUCACAGCCGCCUCGUAUGCGCCGACGGUCACAGGAAGAGGUGGAACUGCGUGAUGUUCCUGAUUACCACGCCCAUCGCGGAAACGUCGUGUCGUCACAGCAUGACAUGGACAGUCGCUAUGGUGGCAGCGACUAUCUCAACGAACGCAUGCCAGGACCACUGCAGGCAUCGCCUUACGAUCGGGGCUUCUCACCACGGGACCAUAUGGAAAGGCCUGGCACCCAGACUCCGUCGGAGUCAGACCUGCAAGACCCACGGGACCAACGCUCGGAGCUCAGUGUGGACUCAAUGGAAGCCGGAGGAGGCGAUCCACAGCGGCAGUGGCGAGCGUGGGCUGAGGCCCUCCGUGACCAGGGAGCUAAAGUAGUGCAAGUGGUGUACCCCCGAACUGCCAACAACGACAAAGAGCUGACCGUCGUGCGAGGAGAGUUCCUCGAGAUCCUAGAUGACAGCCGCAAGUGGUGGAAGACGCGCAACAUCCGAGGCCAGGUUGGCCAUGUGCCGCACACCAUCGUCACGACAUACCAUGCCGACGACUCUGGCAGUGUUGGCUACGAGCACUCCUCAAGUCGCGAGAACUAUGACCGCUCUCCUUACCCACCUGGUGGAGCAUUCGCCGACAUGGGCCUUGAGGGUGACUCCUCACCACCUCAUGACCUUGGGGGUGACUCAAUGAGUUCAUCGGGACUGGGCAUGGGAAGUCCACGCGGAGGCGGACCUCGCCAGCCGCCUGCUCCGGCCGACUGGGUCCGCCGCGAGCGACAGGGGAAGAAAGAGACAUACGAAGAAAACGAUCCAUAUGGGUACGUGGAAAGGAACAUUCCUCCGGCACCUCCAAUACCACCACCUGAACCUCCGCUGCGUUCUUCGCGCACUCCGAGUCUUGUCGAUGAUGGUGUUUCUGACCACUGUCGACUAACGCCAACUCAGUCUGACCAGAGACAUGCAAGCAGCAGCGGACAGGACGUGGAGGUGAGAAGCCAACAUGACACCAUGCAGAUUCACACAAGCCAGUAUCACUCGACACCCAAGUUGACUCGACAUGAGUUCAGUAGGCAAGUGUCGGAUCAUCAGGAAUCGGCUCGCCGUUCCGGCCACUUUGACGACGAAGCAUUACCACCACCACCGAACCGACAUGAUACCAUCCUUCUGGUGUCGACUCGUCCUUCGGAUCAAUAUGACGCUGACUUCCACGCAAGAGGUUUCGAACCCCACUCAGCACGCAGUUCCAGUCAUUUUGAACCGUCGACGCCGACUCCACCACCGCCACCACUGGCAGGCAGCGCUGAUUACUACGCUUCAGGAAGUUCGGACCUGGCGCAAAGGCAGUACAACAACCCCAGCUCAGUGCACGGUUCAAGUCAACACGACGCUUCCGCAAUGCAGCUGCCACCACCUCCGCCACCUGUACAGCCAUCUUCAUCGGUGGUCUCAGAGGCACCACGACGCCAUGAUAGUGCUAGUUCUGCACAGCCUCCUGCUAAGGCAGCCUACCGUGAAGACACUUUCGACGAAGAACUUAAGCUCCGUGUGUCUCUAGGCCCCAAGGCGGGCAAGAAAUGGGGUAGGGCAACGGCAGUUGUUGCACGCGCCGCCUACAUCACGCCAGAAUCCACAGUCGAGGAGGUUCAGGCCUGGCUCACCACAAAAGACUUCAGUGACAGGGUAAAAGGUCUCUGCAAGGAACUAACAGGCGAACACAUGUUCGCACUCACCAAGGAGCGCCUGGAGGAAGUGCUGGCUGUCACCGAAGCAGCCCGCCUAAUCAGCCACCUCACUGUGCAGAAGAACCUCUGUGGGUACAAGCCCGGCGGCGAGGACCAGCUGAGCGAGAUCCUCCAGAUGCGGCGGAAUCGCGUGGACGCCGGUGUGCCAGCAUUCAAAGAUGUGCCCAGGAGCCCCACCACCACUGUGGUUGUCAUGCAGAAGCAGCACAGUACGACCAGUGAUGUGACAAUCCCAACCGUUGCCGGGGCCGAGACCGCUUCAACGACCACUACAAGUGCCACUCAGUGAUGGCUUAAGGGAAAGAAAAACGUAAGUCCACUUGGGAACAGUCGCAUCCUGAACCAUCCGUACUGCUCUGACCUGAAGGCGUCCUAUACACAUUCCAAGUGGCAACAUCGUUGACAUUGGCUGAAGUCUCAGACCAGACGACAAAAUAGUGGCCAUUACGUUUCCAGGAGCAUUGUUUCCAUGUGAAUAAUAUUACGAGAAGUGUUGGCUGGUGUAAAAACAUCCGACAUGAUGCCUCAAAGUAGCAAUGCUAGUCGUUCAGGUGUAGAUAAAGUUUAAGCAGCAUAUUGAGCACCUUACAAUAUGAGAAGUGAACAGACAUUGCAGCUUGCACAUAUUCUUUCGUCAAAAAAGAACACAUAAUGCAAAUAAAUAUUUUUGCAAGUUUUG